CAGAGAGUUGCUGCCCUCUCCUGGCAACAGCUAUACUGGGAACUGUGCUGACAGGCUCCGGGAUCCUUUAUUGUCUGAAAACAGUCAUCCGCCAAUUCUCAUCAGAGGCAAGGCGUCAGUCAAUGAGUCGACAACCCUCCUUUACCUAUUCAGAAUGGUCUGAAGAAAAGAUGGAUGAAAUCAUUGAUGCAGUACCUCAAGACCAUGAGCAGGAUGAUAUUGAGGGUCAAGUCUUUUUACAGUCUGAGAGUCCGGAACAGGUGGAAAGCCUGGUUCAGGGCCUUGAGAGCUCCACUGAUUCAGCAUCAGAGUCAGUGGAUCAGUCUACACUUGCUGUUAAACCAGUUGGACUUCAGGAGAGGAGAGGCUCCAAUGUAUCCCUUACUCUGGACAUGUGUACACCAGGAAGUGAAGAAGCUGAUGGGCAGGUGCUAUCACCCAGGGAGCAGUCUGCAUGGGAAUACUUGCAAACAGCAUCUAAUCUACUCACUUCAGAGAUACUGCAUGAACGGGCUAUGGAUUCCUUCUCACUCCAGAGAGAGUUCCUUGAAAUACCAAUGAAUUUUGUUGAUCCAAAGGAAUUUGAUAUUCCAGGUUUUGGACUGAAGAAUCGCUAUAAGACAAUCCUCCCAAAUCCUCACAGCAGAGUGUGCCUUACCAUUAACAAAACAGAGGAUCCGCUUAGUUCAUACAUUAAUGCUAAUUACAUUCGGGGCUAUGGAGGGGAGGAAAAAGUGUACAUUGCCACUCAGGGACCAACUGUGAACACAGUGUCAGACUUUUGGACAAUGAUUUGGCAGGAGCGGUCAACCAUUGUUGUCAUGAUCACAAACCUAGAGGAGAAGAAUGAGAAAUGUACGGUGUAUUGGCCUGAGGUUAAAGCCAAUUAUCAAGGGAUCGAAGUGAUCGUAAACAGCGUUCAACAUGCAGAUGACUACAGUUUGAGAAACAUCACCCUAAAGGAUGGUUCAGAGGAAAGACAUUUAAAGCACUACUGGUACACAUCAUGGCCUGAUCAGAAGACACCAGAUAAUGCUCGUCCACUUUUACAGCUGGUUCAGGAGGUGGAAGAGGCCAGACUGCAAGCUAAGAAGGACAAUAGUGGACCAGUGAUAGUUCACUGCAGUGCCGGCAUUGGAAGGACAGGCUGUUUCAUUGCCACCAGCAUCUGUUACAGAGAGCUGAAGUAUGCUGGUGUAGUUGAUAUACUGAGGACAACCUGUCAGCUAAGGAUAGACAGGGGAGGCAUGAUCCAGACCUGUGAGCAGUACCAGUUUGUGCACCAUGCCCUGAGUCUGUGUGAGAGACAGCUAUCUCAACAAGCAGAGGAAUAACUGACAGCCUGCCAACCAAGCAGCCAUGGACCAAAGUGGCACAAAAAUGUUGACUCUCUACCAAUAUGUUUUCAUGUCAUUUGUCAAACAAGCUGAUGCUAAC